GCAGCUACCAGAGAAACUUGCUAGCUCCUUCUCAUUCAUUUCUCAAUUCUCACAAGCUUCAUUUCCACCUCCUAUCUUUCAAUUCUAUACAAUUUCCUAAUAUUUUUCUGUUUGGAUUGAUUAUUAUCCAGAAUCUACUUCUUUUCUCAACCGGGUCCUUGUUUCUGUUUCCAUUUCUCGUUUUCUUCAUUUAUCUUGCUCAAAGUUUGGUCCUUUUUCAUUUUUUAUGUUGAACAGUUGCGUUCACUUUUUGGAGCUGCAGUAGUAUAAAUUCUCGCCUAUAAAUCUGCUUUCUCUAGAGUUCCUCAACUUAAAUCUGUUUCAGAUACAAAAAAAAAAAAAAAAAAAAUCCAUCUGGGUUUUUGAUUGUCAUCUCUAUAGGGGUUUAUACCUAAGGAAACAAGAUCAGAUUUAGUUGUUCUUCUUCGAGAUUCUCUUCGAUUCUCUAAAGUUUUCUUUUUUAGAUUCUUCGGAUUAUUCCCUGAGAAAAGGAGAUUCUUGAUUCCCAUUGAACGAUUCGGUUUUCAAUGCCCUUUUAAGCUUCCUAAUCUUCUCACACUUGAAUUACUCCCUCCAUUGAUGGAAACUCUGUAUCCAGCUUUGUGUAUGGCGACUCCUGACUGGUUUUAUCAGGAGGGCAAGAACACAAACUGGACCAAAGAGGAGAACAAACUGUUUGAGAGUGCUUUGGCGAUAUACGGGGAGGAAACGCCGGAUAGGUGGCUAAAAGUGGCGGAGAUGACCGGAAAGACUGUCCAGGAUGUGCUUCAACAGUACAAGGAAUUGGAAGAUGAUGUGUGUGAGAUAGAAGCAGGGCGGUUUCCCACCCCGGGUUACUAUGGCUCAUCCUUUACAUUAGAGCUUGUUAACAGCCGGGAUUAUGAUGGGUUUAGAAAGAAACCGGCGGUGGCAAUGGCUAGGAACUCUGAUCAGGAGAGGAAGAAAGGAGUUCCAUGGACAGAAGAUGAGCACAGGAGAUUUCUGCUGGGGCUUCUGAAGUAUGGCAAAGGGGACUGGAGAAACAUUUCCAGGAAUUUUGUGGUGUCCAAGACUCCUACUCAGGUUGCCAGCCAUGCCCAGAAAUACUAUCAGAGGCAGCUUUCAGGAGGGAAGGACAAGAGGAGACCAAGCAUCCAUGACAUCACAACAGUCAAUCUCACAAACACUUGUUUUUCAGACAAUCAUAAAGGUCCAUCAUUGGAUCAAGUUAAUGCUCUUGUAUUGCAGCAGAAGCUGGCCAGCAUGACAAAAGUAGGCCAUGAUUGGAGCCACCUUAGUGAUGGAUCGGGCCUGGUUUUCAAUUCAAGUCAUGGGAACCGAUUUGUGUCGUCUCCUUACGACAUCAAACUUCAGGGGCAAAGUUUUCAUGGCAUUGCUUAUCAUGGAGCUCAUAUCAAACCCCAUAAUUCGGUGUUCUAAUCCAAUCAGUGGCGUAUCAAAUACACGAGAAAGCAUCUCUCUUGGGAGUACUAUUCAAAUAUUUCAAAGAAAGUUGAAUAGUGCUGUAGGAUUCCAAGUCAAGUACUCUUUUUUCAUGUUUUCUGUAAUGAAAUUGUUGCUUGAAUACCAUUCUGUAAUUGUACAGUUGAAAUAAUAGAGUAAAGUUUGGCCA